CUCAGAGUGACUCAGCGGCGGCGCCCAGUGCGGAGAGCGGGCUCGGCUGGAGCAGCGGCGGCCGAUGACCGAGGGAGCCGCCGGGCAGGAGAGGGGAGGACGCGGCGGAACUGCCAGGCAAUUAAGACCUCUGCCAUGGCAGCAAAACCUAUUGUGACUUCGAAGCAGAGAGAGGAGGUGGUGAGGGGUGUCCCAACAGAGGUGGUGUGCACGGCCUUCUCCAACUCCAUUCUUGUGGUGGUGACGCAGUAUGGGAAGAUGGGAACGCUCGUCUCUGUGGACCCCAGCACAAUAGCCAAUGACGUCAGCAAACCUUCACUCACCACAAAAGUGCUGCUGGGCACAGAUGAGCCCCUCAUCCAUGUUUGUGCUAAAAACCUGGUGACAUUUGUGUCUCAGGAAGCUGGGAACAAACCUGUUCUCCUGGCUAUAGCUUUGAAGGACAAGAGCAUGGAAGGAAUAAAAGCGCUGCAGGAGUUGAUCCGAAGUUGCCAAGUGUGGUGAAGCUGUGCUGUCUGGAAGCAAGGAAGGGAUCCUGGGUCAGUGACCUACCACUGUUUAUUUAAAAGGACAAAACAUGCUUUUAUGCUGGUUUUGGAUCCUGUUGAAGAUUUCAUGAAUUUUCUCUACCAUGUAGAACUUUGGGAGAUUUUGCUGUUGUUGUUGGGUUUGGAGCCCAUGCAGUUAAGCAGUGAAGUUAGAACAUUUUUUUCUCAAUACAAAAUGAAAUUUCAUUUCCAUCACAUUGGGUGGGGGAUGUAUAUUUGGAAAACUGCCCGUGGCUUUGCAGCAAUGUCCAGAGAAGUGAAUGGCUUCAAGCAACGUAACAAUGAAACGCUGUGCUGCAAAGUGUAAAAUGUGAUGUAGAAUGAAUAAAAAUACACAGUGGCAGAUG